AUGUUCUCGUGGAUCGCGUCGAAACCGGCGGCGAAGGAGGAACCGCCCAUUCCCAAGAGCUUCGACCCGCUCAAGGGGCUGGGCGGAGCCGUCGCAUUUUACAAGGAUGUCGAUUCUCAGGCCGCCGAUGCUGCUGGAUCAGGCAAGCUGAUUGGCUCCGCUGCUGCUUUCUACGCCAAUGUUGCUCGCGAACGUCUGCUAGAAGCAGCUGACGCGGCUGUGCCCGCGGGUUCGAAUCCCAGCGCUGGCAAUAAUUCAACAGCCGAAAUUUGCCCUGGCGUUGGCGAAAUCAACGAGUUCCUGCGACGGGGGCGACGCUGCAUUGACUCUGUCGCGCCGUCGCUGGCUGAUGCGGGGGAAGGCAAGGCGGAGGGCGGUUCCUCCGUGCCUGCGCCGGAGCUGGACUUGAGGUUCGGGAGCGCGGCUGAGGAGCCGGUUCGGUGGCUGUUCAAAGUGGUGAUUGGCAGCGAGCAUGCGGACUUGGAUGCAAUCGUCUCGGCCAUCGUCUACUCCUUCUUCCUGGAUCACUCAGAGCCGCCCAGCGCGCGGGCGGCGGGGCUUUGUCUGCUUCCUCUAGUGCACACGAGCCGGGCGGACUUCCAUCUUCGCACCGACGCGGCAUGGCUGCUGCAAGCGAUGGGCGUGGACACACAGGCACUUCUCUUCUUAGAUGAGGUUGAUUUGCGCAAGCUGCAUGGGGAGGGGCGGCUGCAGGUGGUGCUGUACGGCCACAACAAGAUGCCCGCUACUAUUGAGGGCAUGGAGAAGGCUGUGGCAGAAAUCAUUCCUCGGGAAACAGGAACAGUUAUCUCACAUCCCAUCUUCCCGCGAACAACAGAAGAGGGCAGCAGCUGUGCCACCAUGCUGGCUCGCAGGCUCUCAGAGGAGGCCCCUCACCUCCUCCUCAACAUCGCUCUUGCACGCCUGCUGCUCGCAGCCAUUCUCACGUGCACCAACAACUUGGAUCCAGGGCAGAGCAGCGAGGUGGAUGCCAGCAUGGCGGCGUUCCUGGCCGUUGGAUCGAGGUGCCUCGGGCGAAACGUUUUCUACGAGAUUUUGCGCGACAAGAAGUACAACCAGGCGUCGCUCACUACUGAGGAACUCCUUAGGGCGGAUAUAGUGCAGCAUGCCAUGGGACCCGGUGUGCGCGGCAAGAGGGGUGGCGAGGUGCUGAAUGUGGCGAUAUCAAAUGUGGGAAGCUCGACAUCGCAGCUGGUCAACAAGGACGCCAAAUUUGAGGAGAUUCUCAAGCAGUUCCUCUCCACUCGCUCGCUGCACCUGCUGGUCAUCCUCUCUACAUACUACUCCGAAACCAGCAAACGCUUCAAGAGGGAGCUGGUGCUGGCGACUCCUCUCUCCUCCCUCUCCUCGGGCCUCUCCUUCUUCCUCCAGAAGGAAUCGCACGACCUGCGCCUGCGACCAGUCACCAUUCGAGGUAUGCCCAAUUGGCUCAAGGCAUUCACGCUUGGUAACCCGGUAUCCACACGCACUGAUGUGGAGCACCUCCUUGUUGAGUAUUUUGAGGACGGAAGGUGA